GUUCCCUUCUUAUUAUCUGUUUCUUGAUAUUCUUUCUUAUAUAUAAGGACGGUUGUUUUAUAUAGCAUUUAUACGUGUAAGCACAAAACAAACAGUACAACAGGAAAGGAAGUACAUAAAACAAAUAUAAGUCAAAAUCUUGCUAUUUUCCCAUGAAGUUUGGCAAACAAAUCCAAAGCCAACAGUUUACAGAAUGGAGUCCUUACUAUUUAGAUUAUAAAGGACUGAAAAAGUUCAUUAGUUCGUUAUUGAAUACACCAACAGAUAGUUUAAGAGCUUUGGGUUUACCACAUGUGAAUGUCGAAGAAGACCGCGCAAAGUUACUCCAGUCUCAGAAAGCAGCAUUUUUCUUCAAACUCGAGCGUGAGCUUGAAAAGAUCAAUUCAUUUUAUCUUCAAAAGGAGAAUGAACUUAAAGUUCGAUUAAGGACAUUAAUUGAUAAGAAGAAGGUACUACAAUCAGACACACGUAGACUCAAACACGCUUCUACUCUAUUCAAAGCAAUUCAAGAAGCCUUUGUUCAAUUCGAACAAGAAUUAACAAAGAUUCAAAAAUAUGUCGAAUUAAACAAUGAAGGUUUUCGAAAAAUUUUGAAGAAAUGGGAUAAACGAUCAAAAUCGUCAACAAAAGAACUAUACCUUUCACGCCAAAUUGAUAUUCAACCUUGCUUCAAUACCCAAGUUUUGUGUGAAUUAUCAGAUCUAGCAUCUGCAAAUCGUAUCGAACUAUCCAACAUUCAAGAUGGCAUACCUAUUAGUCCUGUCUCAUCCCACAUGACCAAUGACGGUUCAUCAAACAAUAACUAUGAUGAGAUAGAUGAUAUCGAGUUAGAAUUAGUGAAAUCUGUUUCAAGCGGACAGAGUUCUUUAGUUCGAGAAAUCCUAGACAGAAUCAUUCAGAAUCCAUCUCCCGAUGAUAAAGGAAAAAUAACUAGAGUCUUUUGGCAUGCCUGCUCAGAAGCACCUAAGGAUAUCACAGACAUGCUUAUCGAAACCAAGCUUGUCAAUUUUGAAUAUGUGGAUGAUAUUAUCGAAAGAUCUUGUUUGCAUGUGGCUGCUAUGAAUGGAAGAUUAGAUUUAUUAGAAAUUUGUACAAAAAAUGGUGCUAAUGUAGAGGCAAGAGAUGCUUAUGGAAGAACUGCAUUACAUUAUGCUACAAUGAAUGGCUUCAGUGAUUGCGUCUCGUUUUUAUUAACCCGUCAAACUGAUAUCGAAUGCCGUGACCAUGAUGGUUUUAGUCCUCUUAUAUAUGCUAUUAUGAACGGACAUACUCCUUGUGUUGAAAUAUUAAUCAAAGCCCAUGCUAAUAUUGAACCAAGACAUGCAGGCGAUCAUAUCCCAUUAUCUCUGGCCUGCCAUUUCGGUCAUACAGACAUUGCUUUGAUGUUGUACAACCAAGGCGCACAAAAUUUGCCCAAUGCAGAAUCAUUAUACCCUUUACAUUUAGCUGCUCGUCAGGGUCAUGCUGAACUGUGUCGUGUGCUCUCUCAAAAUGCCGCUGAUAUCGAUACACCUGAUAAAUAUAAUACCUGGACACCUUUGUUUUGGGCUGCCAACGAUGGACAUGUUGAAUGCGUACGUAUAUUAAUCAAUGCCGGUUGUAAAGUUAACGCCAAAGAUGAAAACGGGAAAACGGCACUGUAUUAUGCGGCUUGGGAAGGGCAUAUGGAUUGCGUACAAUUAUUAUUAGAUGCCGGAUGCGAGGUUGAGCCUAUACAUGAGAUUCAGCCCUCAGUUUUAGCAAGACCAGAAGAAGAAGAAAUGAUGGACGAGAAUGAACUGGACAUUAUCCCUUCGCUUUCAUUGCCUCCGCCCAUUAUUCCCUUCCGUAUCUAUGGACACAAUUACCUCGAUCGUAAAUACCAAAUUCAAAUCAGUUUGCGUCAACCACCUAUCCGUCUUUAUGAUAAUGCUCAAAUAUCUUCCUUGAGAUUAAUUAUCUCUUCUAAACCGGAUACCGGGAUGAUUCCUCAUAGCGUCAUCUUACCCCUUGUGGACGACCGUGAUGUUUUUAACUUUCAGGUUGAUAAAUUGGACGAUUUCUUGUUGGAGUUUGAUAUAUUGGCUACAUUUGGGUCGAAAGUUUUGGGCCGUGGUGUUGCUUUACCCCAAUCCUUUUCUUUGGCUGAUUUUAAGGUGGCCGAAGGCCAUCGUACCAUCCCUCUUUUAGAUGUUCAUCUUAAAGUGAUUGGUGAGCUUUCUUACGAUUAUUCAGUUAUUAAUCCAUUCCGAGGUGUUCAAUUAGAAAUAGGAGGUAGAAUAGAAACUUAUUGGAAGUCUACAAAUACAGUUCUACCCUCAGCAUCUACUUCACCUCAUAUCAGCCCGCUAUCUACUCUGCCUGCAAUUGCACCUGUCAAUACAUCAAAUGCUGCAACGACUGGGCCUGUAGUACCUGCAUCUUCUUCUAUUUCAUCAACAGUACCUUCAUUUAUCACUGCUUCUUCUUUAUCGGGUGACUACGUUCAUGUUGCUAUCCAAUUAACAAAGGAUUUAGUACCUGUUGUUUUUGGAAACUGGAUGGUGCCCUAUCAAGGACUCGAUCUGGCUGUAUCUGAUUUAACACUAAGUCAGUUUAUACGUAUUGGUACAAGCAUCCUUAAGGACUUCCAGCCUAGUUCGUCAGACAUUGCAGAUGAUAAAUGUCCAAUUACCGGAAAUAGUUUAAUCAUACAAAAAUUAAGCAACUACCAAUCUUUCUUGUCUUUGGAACAGGUCUUGGAGAAACUGCCAUUAAGCAUGGGGCUUCAUCUUGAAUUGAAAUACCCUUCACCAAGUGAUCAAAGUUUAUACUCUUUUACAAAUGUCGCAGGACGAAAUACGUUUGUUGAUACAAUUCUUCAAUGUAUAUAUGAUCAUGUGCGAUCAUUAUCACCCGACACUGCAAGUCGUAGUCUAUUCUUUUCUUCUUAUAAUCCAGCUAUUUGUAUGGUAGUUAAUUGGAAACAACCUAAUUAUGCUGUCUUUUUUGGUACAUAUUGCGGGUUCAAUGUGCACCGUGGAAAAAAACGUAACUCAGAUGGCGAAGAAACCAUUGUAUAUAAGAACAACGAUGUGCGAUGCUCUUCUUUAAAAGAGGCAGUUAAGUUUUCGAAACAGAAUAAUCUAUUGGGUGUUAUCUGUGGUGCACAAACACUCGUACAAGUGCCAUCUUUGAUCAAGACAGCUAAAGAAAGCGGAUUGAUCCUUGUCACAGCAGGCAAAGUCAACUCUGAUGUCAGAUACCGUAAUAUUCAGGAACGCUAUGGCGUAGAUGCAAUGAUGAUUAAUCAAGUAGUUCAUUUCAAUAUGUCAAUGGCUGGUGCUGGAUUUUAGUGAUAAUUAUACUUUUUAAAAAUACAACGUACUAUAAUAAUAAUAGCAAAAAAUGAAAAAGGAUAUUUUUCUCGCCAGGGUCAACCAUCUGACAUCUAUUGUUGUAUUAUGGAUAAAGGGGAUUAUAUUGUGGAAUUUAUAUAUGUAUGUAAUAAAUAACUCUGUAUCUUUGUCCGGUUUGUUAAAAGCACGUAACACGCAGCUUUGUAUAACUAAGCCUCUACACAAACCG